AUGUCUAUCUUCCUUGCUGACAAAGUGAUGGUGCCAUCGACUUCCAUCGCGUCUGACCAAUCCAUGACCAAUCAAGAGAUGAGAUCCCUUUUGUUACACGAUAUGCCGGACAAACUCCAAGGCAAACGCAUCGUCAUCGUCGGUGGUACCAGUGGUCUCGGCUUCGCAGUCGCCAAGGCCGCUUUGUAUGCUGGGGCCUCCGUGAUAGUCUCCUCUUCGAAUCAGGGAAGGGUUGACGCGGCCGCGAAGAAACUUUCGGACCUCGGCACUGGUCAGUCCGUGGAAGGUCGCGUAUACGACGUCAAGGCCGGCGAAAGCGCCAGCAAGGAGUUCUUUGAAGCGUUGCCCGAGUUCGACCAUUUAGUCUGGACGGCGGGAGAUCUCCUCCCGUUAGGCUAUCCUGAUCAUGAUUUAGCCAACAUUCAUGAUGCAUUUGUGACGCGGACCACGGGUCCCAUUUACGCCGGCAAGUACGCUCCCCCGCGUAUGCCCAAGAACUCAGACUCCUCGAUCACAUUCACGAUCGGCUUGGCCACCCGAAAGCCGCCGAAGGGAUGGGCGCUAGUAACCGCCGUUGGUGGCGCCACCGAGCGUUUCACGAAGGGACUGGCGGUUGAGAUCGCGCCGAUCAGAGUUAACGUCGUCAGCCCGGGCUUGGUCAUCACGGAGUUCUUGGACCAUCUGCCGGCGGAGGAUGUGAAGGCCAUGAUUGAUCACCAGACCAUGGCGCUCCCGGUGAAGCACGUUGCCGAUGCUGAUGAGGCGGCUGAGGCUUAUCUGUACUUGCUGAGGUGUGCGUAUGUCACAGGGGAAACCCUGAACGUCGACGGUGGAGCCGUCCUGGUAUGA